AUGCUGGACACGAUUCUGUUUGAGGGCUACAGAGCCUGCGGGGAUUAUGAAGCUGCUUACACGCAUCAGCUGCGCCGCCUGGAAUACGUGAAUGCAGUGAUGCCGGUGGCUUCUUACUCGCUGGCGUGGCUGCACGAAGAGUUGGGGGACGUUCUGGUGUCUCGACAGCAGCAGCGCAGCAGCUGUCGAGACAGCCGGCUGCGGCUCGCGGGCCGCCACUUCGAAGACGCUUAUAAUUUGCUGCACAUUCUUUGCGGGCCUGCGCACGAGUACACUGCAGCAGCAGCAGCAAAACGCAACCAGGUCGACGAGAUGCUCCCCGACGCCUGA